GAUCCAAGAUGGACGGGAAUAAGGAUGAAAGUAUACGGUGUGUCAACAUCGCUCAAAAAUACAUCACUGCGGGUGAAAAUGAGAAAGCUAUUAAAUUUCUGAACAAGGCCUUACGUCUCUAUCCACUUGAAAAAGCUAAAGUCUUGCUAAAUGAUUUACAAAACAAUGAGGGGAGUAGAGGUGGAGGAGAACCCCGGCCCAAGAAUGCAGAGGGCAUGCGGCAGAGAACAAGGGGAGGCGCCGAUCAGAAAGAAAAGGCAGAAAAUAAAGAAAAUGAACCCGCCGACUACACACAAGAACAGCUGCAGCUGGUCAAACGGAUAAAGAAAUGCAAAGACUACUACGAGAUCCUGGGAGUAAGCAAGGAGGCCACAGAGACAGAUCUGAAGAAAGCCUACAGAAAGCUGGCCUUGCAGAUGCACCCAGACAAAAACAGCCCUGGAGCCACAGAAGCCUUCAAGGCUAUUGGUAAUGCAUUUAGUGUACUGAAUGACCCCUCCAAGAGGAAGAAGUAUGAUGUGUAUGGUCCAGAGACAGACACCUCUCACAGCCACGCACAUUCGGACUAUACACAUGGUGGCUACGAAGGGGACAUAUCGCCUGAGGAGCUCUUCAACAUGUUCUUUGGUGGAGGAUUUCCUUCAACAGGUACCACACACUACCGGCGGAGUCGGCAUGCACACCACACACACAACUUCUACACAAGGGACACACAGUCAGAGAGUGGCUACACCCUGUUCCUGCAACUGACGCCCAUCUUGUUGCUCAUUUUCCUCUCUAUCCUCAGCAGCUUCUUCGUCAGUGACCCUGUGUUCAGCAUGCACCGCACAGAUAAAUAUUCUGUAGAACGGAAAACAUACAAUCUAAAAAUCCCUUAUUAUGUAAAAGAGGAUUUCCGACCCGAAUAUAAAGGUGAGAUGCGUCGGAUAGAGAGAAAUGUGGAGGAAGAAUACAUAGGGCAACUACGAGGGAACUGUUGGAGAGAGCGGAGUUAUAAGGAAAAUCUCUUAUGGAAAGCACGUAAUUACGGAGAUGCCAAGUUAUAUCAGCGUGCCCAGGACUACCAAACCCCAUCAUGUGAUCAGCUUCAGAAGCUGUACUCUUGAUCAAUAGACAGGAUAGGAACCUCCGGCAGUCAACCUGGCAGAGACAGCAUUGUACAGGGGACACACAGAGCCCUCACACUGACACACACAUACAUGUUAUGUUGCUCUCAAGUUCAGAUAGAUACAUUGUGAUUGUUGACAGUGUCAUGCCUGAAGAUGCAGCAUGAUUCUGUAUUUCCUCUCUCAUGACGAUUUUGAGGAAAUUGGUCUAAUGUCCAUUCAAAUUUCUAAAUUUACAAUGUAAAUAGAUAGAUAUAUAUGGACUGUCAGAUUGUUAAACAUCCAGAGUUGAUUGUUUGUGUCGCUCCCAUUAUGAAGAUUAUGCCACACCAUUUUUCACCCCCUUUUGGAUUAUCUACAGGACGUUUGAUGGGAAGAAAAUUAAAACAAUUGUUUGUUUCUCUCGGUUUCUCAUUAAUUAAGGGUUAGCUUGUAUGAAAAAAUAACCAAAUUCAGAAUUUGUUUUUCUAUUUCACAAAACUUUAUCAGUGGAUCAAUAAGCAAGUGAAAAAAAACAGUGUGGCCUUAUCUGGUGACAUGUGUUUAGUGCCUUUCACCUGGAGGCACCAUCCUGUGUCAGUUGUCUGUGGGUGUUGUGGAACUAGAGGGACGAAAA